UCAAGGGACGAAAUGGAGCUGGAUCCGGAGGAGCAGGAGCACUACAAGUCGGUAUUAUUGUCGUUCCGCGAGUAUGAGUCCUACAUGAUGCGCGAAAUCUACCGGCGCAAGAAGCGCAUGCAGGCAAUGCCCGUCGAUAUGCAGCGCCGGUUGCCUCAAUCCUCCACGCUCCGUAACUUGCAUCACUUCGUCAACGCGACGCACCACAACCAGAUCCUAUUCGAACGCAUUGUGCAGGCGCAGCUGGAGAAUGGACCAGCAUACGAGCUGCCCGAGAUUACGCCUAAAAUGCCGUUGCGGAGCCCCCUGCGCCACUUCUCGAAGCUCAAGAGCACGCUGCACCAGUUUGUGCGUGAUUGGUCUGACGAGGGCAAGAAAGAGCGUGACAUGUGCUAUACGCCCAUUAUCAAGGAGCUACGUCGCGUUCUGAUGGUGAAUCCAGAUAACCCAAUGGAUCGUCCUCGGGUGCUGCUACCUGGAGCGGGGUUGGGACGACUCGCGCUGGAGAUCGCCGCCUUGGGCUACGCUGUCCAAGGCAACGAAUUCUCAUAUCAAAUGCUGUUCGCAAGCAACUUCAUUCUCAACUGGAUAUCGCGGCCUUUGGAAUUCGAGAUUCACCCGUGGAUUCACAACCCGUCUAAUGCGAUGACAGUCACCGAUCUACUGCGCCCCGUGGCCGUCCCGGACGUUGCACCAGCAGAACUUCUGGGUCUAAACACAGGCACUGCCGUCCCGCCCGAUUUUUCUAUGUGUGCUGGAGAGUUCCUGGAGGCCUAUGCGAAUGACAAGGAAUGCUGGGAUUGUAUUGUGACGUGCUUCUUCAUCGAUGCGGCACCGAACGUGAUUGAGUACAUUGCUGCAUUUGAGCGUCUGCUCAAGCCUGGUGGCUAUUGGAUUAAUCUUGGCCCUCUGCUAUACCACUGGCAAGACGGAAGCGGUGCCGAUGACGAGCGCUACGAGCAGUCGGUGGAGCUCUCGUACGAUGAGAUCAAGCACGUAAUGACCACGUUCAACUUCCGUAUCCAGAAGGAGUCCCAGCGCGAGUGCCUGUACACCAACAAUUCCAAGAGUAUGAUGAAGACGGUCUUUAAUUGUGCCUUCUUCACCGCCAUUAAGGAGGCCGGCCGCGUUUAG